AUUAAGUUGGUGCUACGCUUUGCACCCGCUUAAGGUUGUGCUGUUCAUUCCUUGCACUUGAGCCAAAGGUUGUGCUAUUCUAGCCAAUUAACCCAAUUUUAUAAAACUCAUAGCAGGCACUAGGCAGCAUCUCACAUUUCCUUUUGAAGUUUUCAUCUACUAAUCGGAGUUUUUUUUCUUCUUUGACCUAUUUCUAAAUUUGAUACUAUAUUAUAAUAUCGUCAUAAUUUUCUUAUAAUUAAGGAUGCUUUACAAGUUGAGGGUUACAUACCUUAGAAAAGAUAAUUUUUUGAAAAUAACAAAGAAAACACGUUGGUUAUAUGCAUGGUAUAAGAUCCCUUUCAACUAUCAUAAAUUCAUAACUGUACGUAUCUUCAUUUAUUUAUAUAGUAGUACUUUAAUUUAGAGUAUCUCCUAUUCUCCUUGUCAUUUAAGGGCCAAGAACACGAAGAUAGCUGCUGAGUAUCUCCUUUUGGAGAUAUGGUCUGAUGUGGGAUCGAACUUCUACUUCAAAUGGUGCUUUCUUUGAAGAUUAUGUGGUAAAGGGUCGUAAUAUGAUAGUACUAUGGAGGGCUGCCUCCUACCCUUACUAUCCCUUUUAUAGUUUUGUAGGACCAUUUUAUAAUGGUUUGCCUAGCUUUGCCAAUUAUUUUAUUUACCAGAACAUAUACCUAGAAUGUCUUGGUCUAGUGGUUAAGAUUGAGGUGUUGUGAACGAUAUGUUACAUGUUCGAAUUCCCCUCCCAACCAUGAUAGUUGGUGACAUACCAACGCCUAAAUCGACUUAACAAUAACAAAGUUCCCUCUUAAAAAUAAAUAAAACUAAUAAAGGGAUUAGUGUACUAGGAGUAUGUGUGUAGUAACAAUGAUAAAAUAUAAUUAGGUCAACUAGGAAGUCCUAAAAUGUAGAGUCAAAUAUAAAAUAUUAAUUUGUAUGGCAAUUUACAACUCGCUUAAGAGGAAGUAUUCUCUCAUAUCCAGUAAGGGACAACUUGUCCCAUAUUGUGGUAUUUUUGUAAAUUUACUAGCAACUUGAUACAAUACAACAUUUACACGAUAUGAUUAGAUGCAGCCAGGAUAUUAUAUAAUAGCUAACUGAUAAGAUAGUGUUAAGAUAUGAUAUAUACUAGUCAUCUAAUACAUCAACUAGAUUUCAACUAACAAUCCCCAAAUAAAAAUAUAUGAAAAAAAAUUAAUUUAUAAUUUUUUAAUAUCAAUUUUUCUCAUGAAAAUUACUGAAAUGCCAUGAUAUUGGACUAUAUCGAGUAUGGGAAUAUCAUUACUCACUCGUUUAAUAGACAAUAACAAAGUAUGGUGGUAAUGGUAACGAGUUUUCGUCAAUACAACCUCCAAAAUAGUAACCAAAAGUAACGAAAAUGUACAAAUAAGAACUCAUAUGAUAAAGUUGCAUUACAAUCUUGAUGAAAUUAAACUUACUUAACAAAACAAAAAAAAAAAAAAAAAAACUACUACGUACUAUAUAUGAGCUUGUAGAUUACCAUCAUAUAUUAGUGUGUACAAUAUAUGAACACAUACAUUGUGAUCUCUAGUUGUUUAGUUGAAAUUAAUUCACACUUGAAACUUACACCUUAUGUAGUACAUUCAGUCUUAUUGAUCUUUUAGGUAGUUAACCCCUUCUGGAAGCUAAAAUCCAUGGACCCACGUACGAAGUACACCAGAAUGGCCAUGAUACCAAACCUUUUCAUGCAAACUGUAAUUUUCUCUUUUAACUUCAUUGCCUUUAUAUAUAAUGUGUCCUUAAUCAUCCCUUUUCACCUCAAAACUUAUCUCCCACAGUUCAUAUUUUAGCUUCUGUGUAUUCCAUAUCUGUAAUAUUCAGCCUUUUUCUCAGACAUCAAUACAAGUUUUGCACACAGCAACAAACAUCAACUCUACUUAAGUAGGAGUUAACUAGUAGCUUUCUUUCUUCUUGUUCUUCUUUACUUCUGUUUUUAUUUUAUACAUAUAAAAGAAUAAGAUCAAUUUGUUAUGCGCUUUGAUAUAUUUCAAUUCAUUAUUGUUGAAGCAUUUAGAAAGUUGAAAUAUGAAUUUAUCAGUGAAUGGUCACUCAAAAGUUCCUCCAGGUUUUAGAUUUCAUCCUACAGAAGAAGAGCUUCUUCAAUAUUACUUGAAGAAGAAAGUGGCUUUUGAAAGCAUAGACCUUGAUGUCAUUCGAGAUAUUGAUCUUAACAAGCUUGAACCUUGGGAUAUUCAAGAGGAAUGCAGAAUAGGAUCAGGGACACAAAAUGACUGGUAUUUCUUCAGUCAUAAAGACAAGAAAUACCCAACAGGGACUAGAACAAAUCGAGCCACUGCAGCGGGGUUCUGGAAGGCCACAGGCCGUGACAAGAUGAUCUAUAGCAACAACAAUCGUAUUGGUAUGAGAAAGACUUUGGUUUUCUACAAAGGUCGAGCUCCACACGGUGAAAAAUCUGAUUGGAUCAUGCAUGAGUACAGGCUAGAAGAUUGCACUACUACUAACAACACAGUACAGCAUGAUCUCUCCUGUGUGUCAAGAGAAGAUAAUUGUAUAGCAGAAGAAGGGUGGGUGAUAUGCCGUGUUUUCAGGAAGAAAAACUACCAAAAGGCAAAUGAGAGCCCUAAAUGUUUACCAAUAUCAAGUGAAUCACAAAGCCAGUUGAUGAAUUUCAGUGAUAAAAAGGUGCUUGAUCACAUCUUUUCUUGCAUGGGGAAGACAUAUCAAGAUGAAAACAAUCAUGAUCAUUCAACAACCAGUACUACUAGUACUACUAGCACCAACAUCUUCCCUACCUACAGCUGCUGUACUGGAAAAAGCAAUCCAAACACACCAAAAGAAAGAUCAAUUAUUCAUCAUAAUAAUAAUAAUCAUGUUACACUAAACAGUCAAAUAUUAGAAGGUGAUGAUGAUCAGUACAGUCUUCCUAUGCUUAGCAGCAGUAGUCCACCGUUCGAUCAUCAUCCCGACGACGGCCCUAUGAUUGAUCUGUGCUAUGAUCAUCAGAGAUUAAUAGAGGGUGAUCCAAAACCAAGGUUAAGUGAUUGGAUCACGCUUGAUCGUCUUAUAGCUUCUCAACUCAAUGGCCAAGAUGAAGAGUUAAUCUGUUCAAACUCAGUUAUGUUUCACAACCUGUAAUUUAGGCUUUGUAAAGAUUUGUCAUACAAGUAAAACUGUUGCACCACGUGUCAAUAUGUCAUAACCCGGAAAAAUAAGGGAUUAUUUUUUGUCGGGAUUCAUAAUAAUGUUAAUUUAUUUCUUAAAAAUUUCGUUAGUUGAAAAGAAUUUGUUGUGCCGUAUAGGAUUUACAACGAUUGUAUUAGAUAUAUUUUAUGUUUGUUGAUGAUGAAGAAGGUGACACUAAAGGCCUUUCUGCACAUGAUUUGUGCUCAUCAUCUGCUCAACUUGAGCUACUUUUUCUACAAGUUACUUGUGGGUACCAACAGUACUAUAUGAAAGUUGACUAGCUACUAAA